AAAACGCCGAUCGCCUGCCGCCUGUCCCUGGCGAUCCACAUCCGAUCUCCAACAUCCCGCCUCUGGUUGUCCAGCAUCCCUAUUCGCUAUGAAGCCUAGUCUCAACAUCCUUCUCUUUCUCUAUGCAGCUGCGAUAGCCUCUCUGGCGGUUGCGGCCCCAAACCCCUCGCCGUACGAGUGGAUUCCCUUCCCAGUCGCAAACUUCACCCGCCACACCACGCUCAUCACUGAGGGCGGAACUCCCCUCGAGAUGUUCUGGACCGUCAAUGUCCCGGGCAACUCGACGACCAUUGGCGUUGCCAUCAACAAGACCGUGCCAUGGCUGGGUCUUGGCUUCUCCGAUACCGGGAGCAUGGUUGGCGCCGACAUUGCCCUCGCCAUGGCCUCGAGCCCAGGGUCGCCGCUGACCCUGCAGCGCAUGUUCGCAGCAGCUCCGGGCCAGCCCUCUCCUUCUCAGGUCCAGGAUCUCACGCUCGUUUACAGCAACUCAAGUGCCACUCAGACCUCGUUUGUCUUCACCCGACCCAACAGCGCUGGCUGCAACCCCCAGGUUCGCGCCAUCAAAACGGACAACCAGACCGACCAAGUCGUCAUCUAUGCCUUCGGCUCGGGCUCGGGCUUCUCCCAACAUGCCUCGGGUGAUAUGGGCUACCAGACCAUCCUCCUGAGUGCCGCCAGCGAUGCCGCUAACACCGCCAUCGUCAAUGGCGGUGUCAUUCCGGCCGACUCCACUAUCUUCUCGAUGUUUAUGAAUCAAGUCCCCGUUCCAGCCAGCGUAACGUCGUACUGCUAUCAAACCUUUGACUUGCCUACCGAUGCCAAGUACCACAUCAUCAAGGAGGAAGGGUUCCACAACUCGUCGUUUGUUCAUCACAUGGUCGGCUACGCCUGUGAUCCCACAAAGUCCUCCACGAACAAGAUUGCCACUCCCUUCUGCACCAUCCCCGGGUCGAACGACUGGGCUAUUGCCACUCAGGGCUGCAGCCGCUUCAUGUUCGAGUGGGCACCCAACAAGGCCCCUCGUGUCUAUCCCGACGGUCCCAAUGGAUACGGAAAGCCUGUUGGCAAGGGGUUUGUCCAAACCAUCUUGCUGGAAAUGCACUUGAACAAUCCCCAAACCGUUGCUGGUCAGGUCGUUCCAUUUUCCGGAUUUAACUUGACCCUCACCAAGACCCUGCGAGCCAACGAUCUUGGUGUCAUCACCCUGGGUAUCCAACCUGUCCCCCAAAUCAUGUCCAUUCCUCCAGGACAAAGCGGCUACGCUCUGCCGUCGAGCUGCUCUCCUUCGUGCACCAAUCUGCUCCCCAAAAGCGGUAUCAAUAUUGUCGGCAACUGGUUCCACAUGCACGGAGCUGGCCAGUCGAUCUCGACCAGAGUGAUCCGAAACGGCGUCGAGCUGCAAGAACUAGGUCGCAAGGACUACUUUGACUUCAACUUCCAGAACUUCCAGGACAUUGCCCCUCGCCAGAUCCUGCCGGGCGACACCCUCAUCACCACUUGUGUCUACAACAGCCAGAAUGCCAACUCGCCUAUCGUCGGUGGAUUCGGCACCAAUAACGAAAUGUGCUACAACUUUGCUGAAUACUAUCCUCUCCAGCCGAUCGGCGAAUGCAGCAGUUCUUGCGGUGUCUUCGACAACAACGCCACCGUUCUGGCAUAUUACGAUAUACCCAACUUCUCUACACUCCCCACGUUCACUCCUCUCCCCAACACUUGCGCGAUUGCUCCGCAGCCAUCUACCUCGCCAACAAAGUCGUCGGCUGCCCAUGCACGUACACUGCAAAUCGGCGGCCUUGUGCUCGUUCUAGUGCUCAGCCUCGCUGCGCUGGUCCUUUAAGCCGUCACCGCCGUCACAGCCGCUCUUCAAACCAGAGGAGGUUAAUUUUGAAUUCCUCAAUCCCAAUCCGCGUAAACCCAACUAUGAUCAACAAUGCCUGAAAUAAACAAAGAAUGAAGCGGGAA